AUGACGGAGGUUUUACCAGUGGAAGAAAACAGAGAAGAUCGUGUGGCAUCUAUUCUACAGGGCUUUCAAGUAAAUUGGAUGAAUUUGCGAGAUGCUGAUACUGGCAAGAUCCUUUGGCAGAAUAGCGAAGACAUGUCAAACCCUGACAUUGAGCACGAGGCUCGCGUGCCCAAGCGCAUCCUGAAGUGUCGCGUCGUGUCUCGGGAAAUGAACUUUAGCUCCAUCGAAUCUAUGGACCGGUUCCGUUUAGAACAGAAAGUCCUAUUCAAAGGGCGAUGCUUGGAGGAAUGGUUCUUCGAGUUUGGCUUCGUGAUCCGCAAUUCUACAAACACAUGGCAGUCGGUUAUCGAGUCCGCUCCUGAAUCUCAGAUGAUGCCAGCUAAUGUUCUCAAUGGUAAUGUCGUCAUUGAAACAAAGUUUUUUGAUGGAGAUCUGCUGAUCACAACGUCGCGCGUCCGGCUCUUCUACGUGUAA